UCUCUUCCUAUCCUCAACUCAUUUGCAAUGGAAGACACUCAAAUUUUUGAGUACUUCGAGGGCAAGACAAUUUUCAUCACUGGUGCCACUGGCUUUCUAGCAAAGAUUUUUGCAGAGAAGAUACUUCGUGUCCAGCCCAAUAUUAAAAAAUUAUUUCUUUUAAUUAGAGAGACAACCAAAACGACUAGCAAACAACGCUUACAAGAAGAGGUUGUCGACACCGAGCUAUUUCGAGUUCUAAGAGAAGAGUAUGGGGUGAACUUCAAUACUGCUCUAUUAUCCAAGAUUGUUCCAGUUUCGGGUGAUGUUUCUCUUGAGAAUUUAGGAAUAGUCGAUCCAGAAGUGCGUGAAAAUAUGUGGGAGGAAAUAGAUAUUAUUGUCAACUCAGCCGCAACAACCAAAUUUGAUGAGAGGUAUGAUAUUGCAUUGAGAAUCAAUGCUUUGGGAGCCUCGCAUGUACGCAACUUUGCUAGCAAGUGUUCAAAACUAGAGAUGCUUGUUCACGUCUCUACAGCUUUUGUGCACGGAACGAGGAUAGGACUCAUACCAGAGAAGCCGUUCAGUAUGGGUGAGACACUUGAUGGAUCUAAAAUUUCGUAUUUGGAUAUCAACAAGGAGAAGAAGAUAAUAGAGGAAAAAUUAAGCAGGCUUCAAACUCAAAAGGCAACAGAGAAAGAAAUCACAAGAGCUAUGAGGGAUUUGGGCAUUGAAAGAGCAACAUUGCAUGGGUGGCCAAACACGUACGUGUUUACAAAGGCAAUAGGAGAGAUGUUUCUGGAGAAUUUCAAAGAGAAGGCUACAGUCAUCAUAAUACGUCCAACCAUUAUUACAAGCACAUAUAGAGAGCCGUUCCCCGGUUGGAUUGAAGGCGUAAGAACUUUGGAUAGCAUCUUUGUUGGCUAUGGUCAAGGCAAGUUGAAAUUCUUCGUGGGUGAUCCAGACUCAACACUUGACAUGAUACCAGGAGACAUGGUGGUAAAUUGUAUGCUUGCAGCAAUAGCAUCACAUUCCAAUGAUUUUCAACAUAGUUUAUCCGUUUAUCAUAUUGGUUCGUCACGGCGAAAUCCUGUUAAAUUUGAAGAACUUAAGUGGCUAAUGCAUCGUUAUUUAACUGAAAAUCCAAUGUUUGAUACUAGAGGAAAACCUAUCAGAGUGGGGCAACCUACAACUUUAAGCACCAUGGCUAGCUUUCACAAUUAUAUUGCAACCCAUUACUUGCCAUUACUCAAGAUACUGAAAGUAAUAAAUAUGAUGUUUUGCAAUCAUUUUGAAAGCUUGUAUACCAAUAUGAGACGAAGAAUCAACAAUGCCAUGCGUCUAGCAGAAUUAUACAAGCCUUAUGUGUUUUUCCAAGGAAUCUUUGAUGAUGUUAACACUGAAAACCUACGGAGGACAAUAAGAGAAAGCAACAAGAACGUGGUGCUUAACUUUGAUCCGAAGUGCAUUCAAUGGGAAGAGUACUUUGAGAAUAUUCAUUUUCAGGGACUCACCAAAUAUGUAUUGAGUGAUCAUUAAGGAUAGUUGUGCAAGUCUUACAAUUCACGUAUUGUAACUUAGUAAUAAAUAAUGAAAAUAAUAGUAAAGGGUUUUUAUUUGGAAACUGUUCUAGUAAGAUGGUAAACUGAUGAUGGUUCCUUA